AUGUGUGGUGAUGACAUUAUCCAGAACCUAGUCGAGCAAUCUAAUCUAUACUGCACACAGAAAACAGGUGCUUCUUUAGAUACAAAUGUUCGUGAAAUAAAAAAGUAUAUAGGCAUAAACAUCAUAGCAGGUGUUGUGAAAAUACCUAGUUACAGAAUGUACUGGGCAGAGGCUACAAGAUUUUCUCCAAUAGCUGACUCAAUGCCUAGAAAUAGGUUUGAUAAGCCAAGAAAUUAUUUACAUGUGAAUGACAACACUAAAAUGAAACAAAGAGAGGACCCUCAUUAUGACAAGCUGUUCAAGGUGAGACCAUUUGUUGACAAAAUCAAACAAGGUUUUUCAAUUAUUGAACCUGAGGAAUAUCAUUCAGUGGAUGAAGUAAUCAUUCCAUUCAACAGUCAUUCAUCCCUGAAACAGUAUGUAAAAAGCAAACCACACAAGUGGGGUAUAAAUGUUUUUCCCUGUGCUGGUUCUAGUGGAAUUGUGUACAAUUUUGAAGUAUACCGAGGGAAAGGAACUGUACAUAAUGAUACUGGUCUUGGUAUAAGUGGUGAUAUUGUGAUAAGGCUUGUGGAAGGACUGCCAAAAUAUAAAAAUUUUAAAGUAUUUACAGACAAUUGGUUCACCUCUUACAAUCUUAUUUCUGCCCUGAAAAACUAUGGCAUUUUGGCUGUUGGAACUGUUAGACCCACAAGACUUCAAGGCUGCAAUCUAAAAGGAGACAGUGAGCUGAAAAAGCAGGGAUGA